CCCCUGAUUAACGUCACUUCCGGUCGAGAAUAUUAGCUACAGCUGCUGCUGGGUACAGGCAGGGUCACCAUGCUGAAUACCGUAUACCGCUCGCUGUUCCGCCGCACCUCUACCUUCACCCUCACCAUCGUGCUCGGCGUGGUGCUGUUCGAGCGGGCAUUUGACCAAGGAGCGGACGCGUUAUUUGAGCACCUGAACCGAGGGAAAAUGUGGAAACACAUCAAGCAUCAGUAUGAGCAAGAAGAGUAAGACGAUGACUUCAUUUGUCCAGAACAAUUUUGGUCGAUAGUCCUGGGUCAGAUCCUUCAGAGGACAGCAAAAUGGCUGAUAAUUUGUUUCUAACACUGGGGACAGAACUGUCACAUUUGAUCGACAUUGAGUAAUAAAAUGUGAAUGGAAACCUUUAUGUCCCUUCAUUUUGCUGCUAUGGAUUAUGGAGUUUAAAAAAGAUGGGUACUAGUUAUUAAAUAAAAAAUGCAAUACA